AUGGAUUGGUUGAAUGAGAACGAUGAACACUCGAUGGACAUUCUAAGGAAUGCGUACAAUCGCGAUAAGUCUGAUAAUUUCCCACAAACAUCCGAACAUACAAAAUUCUCGAAUUCAGUUGUUGAUGUGUUCACACAGCUCAAUGAAGCACUUAAAUUGCUGAAACAGAUGGAUUGUCCAAAUCCGGAAGUAUUUGCGGAUAUGAUGAAACGUUUCUCGAAAACACUCAACAAAGUGUUGUUGGCUUAUGCUGAUAUGGUACAGAAGGAUUUCGGUAAAUUUGUCAGUAAUGAGAAGUUAGCGUGUAUAUUGAUGAAUAAUGUUCAGCAACUCAGGGUUCAACUGGAAAAGAUCUAUGAAAAUAUGGGUGGGCCGAAUCUGGAUCCGGCCGCGAACACGGUUCUGACGAAUCUGCAGAAGAAGUUGAACGCCGUACUCGAU